CCAUGUCUCGCCUUGCUAUCCUUGUUCUUUUGUCACUCGCUGUAUUUGAAGUAUCCGCCAAACUUCAAAAUGUAACUGUAAAAGGAAUUGCCGUUUGUAACAAGAGAAGAAUGGCUAAUUCCCAUGUUAUUCUGAUUGAUAAGGAUACCUUGGACCCAAAUGACGAAUUGGCUCAAAUUCAUACCAACAAGGAAGGAGAAUUCGAGUUGUUCGGAGAGGAAGAUGAGAUUGGCAAAAUUGAGCCAUACAUUCGUAUUCAUCACAGUUGCAAUACCAAACCAGGAUGUGAACGCGUUUCCGAAUAUCAAAUUCCACAAGAAAAAAUCGGAGAGGUCUAUGACAUGACUUAUGUUACCCUUGAUAUUAUUGUUCAUGGAGAGAAGACCAUCUGCAACUAAUUAUGAUUUUUUUGUUUCAACUCAUAUAAUUGUAUGUACAUAAAUUCGUAUUUUACCCUAAA